CACUCUCAUACAACUUUAGGCUAUGUGAAACCAAAAAUGGGUGAUUGGAACCUUUUGGGAAGCAUCUUGGAGGAAGUUCACAUCCAUUCCACCAUUGUGGGCAAAAUCUGGCUGACCAUCCUCUUUAUCUUUCGCAUGCUGGUCCUUGGAGUUGCUGCUGAGGACGUCUGGGAUGAUGAGCAAAGUGAGUUUGUGUGUAACACGGAGCAGCCCGGGUGCAAGAAUGUCUGCUAUGACCAAGCUUUUCCCAUCUCCCUGAUCAGAUACUGGGUCCUGCAGAUCAUCUUUGUAUCCUCACCUUCUCUGGUGUACAUGGGCCAUGCACUGUACCGGCUGCGUGCUCUGGAGAAGGAGAGGCAUAAGAAGAAAGCCCAGCUUAAAAUUGAGCUGGAGGGGAUGGAGGGCAUCUUUGAUGAACACAAAAGGAUUGAGAAGGAGCUGAGGAAACUGGAAGAACAGAAGAGAGUCAGGAAGGCCCCUCUGAGAGGUUCCUUACUGCGUACAUAUGUGUUUCAUAUUUUAACCAGGUCAGUGGUGGAAGUGGGCUUUAUACUGGGUCAAUAUGCCCUUUACGGUAUCAGACUGGCCCCACUGUACAAGUGUGAGAGAGACCCGUGUCCCAACAUUGUGGACUGUUUUGUGUCCAGGCCAACAGAGAAAAAUAUUUUCAUGAACUUCAUGCUGGGCAUUGCUGGGGUUUCCCUCUUCCUAAACAUCUUGGAGAUCUUUCACCUGGGAGUGAGAAAGAUCAAGCAGAGCAUAUAUGGCAAUGUGCAUGGUGGAGAUGAUGAGAGUCUUUUCAGAUCAAAGAAAAACUCCAUGGUGCAGCAAGCAUGUGUCCUUACAGACUGCCUGCCACAGAAAUAUGCACACAUGACCCAAACAUCCUAUGCCAUAGUGACCGAUGAGCAGAUGGAAGCUUUGCCACCCCAUAUGACCACUGGUCACCCUCUGCCCAUCCCUGAGGCACAAACCAGUGAUGCUCCUGGAUCUGAGCACACCAAGCAGCCACGUAUCUCAAGCCAGAGUGAGUUCCAGGCCAAUGGUCAACUAGGGGCCACAGAGCGGCUUUCCACCAUGGACAACCGUGGCCACUCUUCCAGCAGCGACGACUCCGGACCCAAGGUAUCCGGCCCUCUGAAGGGUGCUUGUCAGCUACCUCGAGCGUCCCUCAGAGCCAGCAACAUCGAGAUCUCAACAUCCCUUCAGAACUCUGCACGCAAGCAAAGUCGGGUGAGUGCAUGCAAGGACCUGAGUGAGGAGAGUGAUUCGCCAGAACAGUACCCCACAGGUAGGAAAGCUAGCUUCAUGUCCCGAGGGCUUUCUGAAAGCAGACUGGCCAUUCAACUAGACAGUCCAGUGUCCAAAAGCGACUCAGAGUCAGAGGCCAAGCGGCUAGCUCAGAGUGAAAGUCCUGCCAUGACCCCUCCACCUGCCGGUGGGCGCCGUAUGUCAAUGAGCAUGAUCCUGGAGCUGUCUUCCAUCAUGAAAAAGUGAACUCUUGUUGAAGUGUCAACCUUUCAAAACACCAAAAAAAAAGUGGGUCAUCACUUUGGUUUUGGCUUUCACUUUGGCUUCUGGUAUAUAUAUUAGUUUGUGUUCUGUGUAAACAGUUAGUGUCCAUUUGCACAGAGCUUUGCACACACACACGCACUUAAUUAGCGACAAUGGAAUUUUUGCACAUAAAAACUGAGCAUAUUGCACGUUCAAACCAUGCUCGAAGACCACAACUGUAAACGUACUAUGAACUAGAGCCUUAGUUUCAUUCAUAUGGACUGUAUUUUGAAUGAAAUGAUCAAUAAUUCUGUGGAAGUCGUCUUGCGAAAGUGGACGAUAUUAUUCUUUGGAGAUAUAUCAACACUGAGAUUUGACUUCAUUUAUAUGGUCUUCCUGUCUUAAAAAAAAAAAAGCUUUUUUUUUUUUCCCUCCCUUUUUUUUUUUUUUUUUUUUUUUUUUAAACUUAAUGCAACCUUACCAUCUGGUCUUUGUUCUUUUUGGAUUACUGUAUAUUUAU